GAAAAGUAUUUACAUUGUAGAUGUUUCUGUUUCUGACCGGCCACAUUUCCAACCUUAUCUGAAACUGUAACGUAGAUAGAAAAUUCUCUAUCUCGUGUCGGCUACCACCUGGUUGGCCAGCCGAGACAUUGAAAUCAGAUGGAUAAUCUGGGCAACGAAAAGCCAGCUAGUUGGCUUAUUUGUCUUCUUCCAGCUAACUUUAACUUAAAUUAAGUCUGACGCACUCACAAAUGAGACUAUGAUAGGCUACCACAUUUUCAAUAUAGCCUAAGUUACACAGUAGGCUUAAAUAACUCGUGCACGGUGAAACUAGCUCUUUUUCUGAAGACACUAUUUACCUUUUGGAACGAUGUCAGUGAAGUUGUUGGACGAGCGAAAUGACGACGAGAAGCAAAAGGUGGGGGAAACAUCUGGGAGCACAGCUAACGCACUCAUGGGAGAAAAGCCUUUUUUCCAUCUAAGUCAGAUAGCCUUUGGAGAAUCGGUCCCAUUCGCACUGUCGAAGUAUGUGAAAAUCCCAUACACAAUAAACAGGUACCUACGGGACUAUCAACGAGAAGGCGCGAAGUUUAUAUUUGACAACUAUGUCAAGCCGAGAGGAUGCAUUCUUGGUGAUGACAUGGGUCUUGGAAAAACCAUACAAGUAAUCAGUUUCUUGGCUGCAGUGCUGCACAAAACAGGAACACGGGCAGAUGCUGAGAAGAAUAUUCCACAUUUCCUACUGUCCCAGAAAACAGCAGCGCAAAACAAAGUGAAGAAGGUAUUUCUUAUUAUUGCCCCACUCUCUCUUCUCUAUAACUGGAAAGAGGAGCUUGACACAUGGGGUUACUUUAGAGUGGCUGUUGUGCACGGUGUUGAGAAGGAGGAUGAAUUGGCUCGUGUAAAGAAAGGACGAUGUGAGAUCGCUCUCACCACUUACGAGACUUUUCGACUCAACCUAGAUGCGUUCAACAGCAUUAACUGGGCUGCUGUCAUCGUGGAUGAGGCUCACAAAAUAAAGAAUUAUAAGUCUCAGAUAACCAAGGCUAUGAAGAAGAUGAGAUGUAAAGUGCGAAUAGGAUUGACUGGAACCAUAUUGCAGAACAACCUGGAAGAACUCUACUGUGUCAUGGACUGGGCUAUUCCGUGGUGCCUUGGUAAUUUCCGUCAGUUCAAGAGUAAGUUUGCUGAAGCUAUUGAGCAUGGGCAGAAGCACAGCGUCACUAAGCGCACUCUAGCCGUGGGUCGCCAGGCUGUACAAGCCUUGGGCCAGAGGCUCGCUGGGAAGUUUCUGAGGAGAACCAAGGCUUUGAUCAGCAGCCAGCUACCAGCUAAAGAUGACAGGGUGGUGUACUGUUCUCUGACCGAGUUCCAGCAGGCGGUUUACAUUGCUGUGCUGGAAUCAGAGGACGUGAUUCUGCUAAUGAGGAGUGGACAGUCCUGUACCUGCGGCAGCAAACAGCCCCGGAAGAAAUGCUGCUACAAGACAAAUUCGAAAGGAGUACCUGUCAGAAAUCUAUACUUCAGUUAUCUGGCCAUUCUCAGGAAAGUCGCCAACCAUGUUGCCUUACUUCAGUCUAAAGAGGGCACAAGCAAGAAACAGGAGGAAAGCAUCAACGCUAUUUGUGAAAAAGUCUUCCAGAAGUUUCCAGAGUUUGUGGAGCGCUGCAAACAGGAGUCCUUUGAAGCUAUGUCAGACCCCAUGUACAGUGGAAAGAUGAGGGUCCUACAGAAGUUACUGAGACACUUUCUUCAGAAAAAGGACAAAGUGUUACUGUUCUCUCUUUCAACCAAGUUGUUAGAUGUGCUGGAGAGCUACUGCAUGGCCGAGGGGUUGGAGUACCACAGGCUGGACGGAACCACGAAGGCAAAAGACAGGAUGAAGAUCGUGAAGGAGUUCAACGGCUCGAAGAACGUCAACCUCUGCCUGGUGUCCACCAUGGCUGGUGGUCUUGGUCUCAACUUUGUGGGUGCAAACAUAGUCAUCCUUUUCGAUCCAACGUGGAACCCUGCCAAUGAUCUUCAGGCUAUUGACAGGGUGUAUCGUAUUGGCCAGUGCAGGGAUGUGACUGUGUUCAGACUCAUCUCACUGGGAACUGUGGAGGAGGUCAUAUACCUGCGCCAGGUGUAUAAACAGCAACUGCAGUCCUCUGUGGUGGGCAAGGAGAACUCCCGGCGGUACUUUGAGGCCGUACAGGGAACCGACGGCCAAUCAGGGGAGCUGUUCGGGCUGCGGAACCUGUUCCGCCUGCAAUUAGAUGGAACGUGCCUCACGCAACGUAUUCUAGAGCGUGAAGGCCGUGUGGAGGCUGGCGUGAUGACUGCAAAAACUCAGGCUGCUGAAGAGAGGCCGUCUGCUGGCCAGACGGAUCUAGGAGCAAGAGGUUCCACGGAGCAGCAGCAGACAGCUGGACGAUCCAACGGUAACCAGGCCGCGGUGGACGUGCUGGACUUCAGUAGCGACAGUGAGGAAGAGGGGGAGGCGAGCACCUCCCGGGCGGGCGCCCCCUCAACCGCUGCCACCACAGAUGGGGCGCAGGGCUCGGCGGUCACAGGCCACGGCUGCCUGAAGGAGAGCUUCACCGAGCUGUUUCUGCAGGGCCUGCAUGGCCAUGCGGCUGCCAAAGAGACAGGCACCGGGAGCGGUGACGAGGGCUCCAGUGGUGCAGGGACCUCCAAGAGUCCAGCAGAGGGGACAGUGGACUCUCAGGGCUGGUCUCCGCUGAACCUCUCUGAUAUGGAGACGGAGGACGCUGGAGAGAAGCAGAGCUCUGAAAGCCCAGACGCUGGGGCGUCCAAACGCCCAGCGCGCAAGAAACUCGAGGAGGAGGAGACGACGAGAGCGAGGGCUCUCGAGACGGGCGUCGUCUCGGAGACGGACGAGGAUGACCAGCCAGUGGACUCCAGCACAGAGGAGUCGGAAGACUUGCUCGCUCCACGGCCCUCUCCUACUUUCACCACACUGAAGACCAGCACAGGCAGAGCAGGACAGGGCAGAGAAGCAUCACAUGUGGGGACCAUUGAUGCACUCUUAGGUGGGCUGAAUGAGGUGAGCUACACCCACUCCAACCAGAAGGUGGUGGGCUCCAGCCGGGCGGAGAACUACAUCAGCAAGGCCGCGGUCAGAGACGUGUUUGAGCGACAGCAGUACUCUCAGCUGCCCGCUCACGUGCUGUUGGAAUCCCAAGAGACUCAGCCUGGACCUGCGCCUAUAUCAAAUGCGUCACACUCUGACCGUGUGGUGGAAAAACCGAAGCAGACGUCUACAAAACCGAAGCAGACGUCUACCGUCAGAGUCCCUGAGGUGCCUCGUGUGAGUCACGCUGUCAAACACACCCUGAAAACCAGGCGUUAUCUCCGCAACAUCACCGUCAUCGUCGGGGAAACGCCUAACUCCAUCCGCAGGAGCCACUUCAGGCUGAUGGCAGAGUUCUUCGGGGCUGCUUCAGUGGAGGCCUUUGCUGAUCAGCUCUUGAAGAGUACUUCCGAGCAGAGACAGAGGAUGCUGAGAGAGUACUACAGUCAGCAGAACCCUGACCUGACAGACAUCAUCAAACAGACCUUCCCUGAGCCGCCGCCUCCUGCAGCUAUGAAACCAACGGCAGCUCCCUCUCCCUCCUCCUCCUCCUCCUCCUCAACUUCCUUCACAACCUCCGCAAUAGAAAACAAGCCUGCCUUGAAGUUAACGCAUACUAAACAUGCUCCCAAACGACGUGUGCCUUCGGCAUCCGAGGGCACCAGAGAAAAUAGCAGAACGAAACAGAGCAGGACUCUCUAUGCCGAAAGCCCCUCCAGGAGCUCUGAUGAGACUGAGGUGCCGGUAUCAGGAGACUGUAAAACCAGAGCAAGGACCUUGCAAGAUCCACAGGGGGCACCAAGUGAAAGACCUCCACACAGAGCUGAGCCUAAGAGGAGCAAUACUGAAACCUACAUAGAGAGGAACCGUGAGGAUCAUCAAGUUAUUCCAAGACUCUCUAGAGAUGAUCCUAGUAAGAACCCGCACCCCAACAAGUCCCCCAUUACAGAACCCAAUAGGAGCAACGCUGAAACCUACACAGAGAAGAAUCGGGAGGUUCCCCAAGUUCCUCCAGGCCCUUCUAGCGAUGAUCUGAGUAAGAACCCGCACUCCAGCAAGUCCUUCAUUACAGAUCUGUUGGGGGACACGUCCAUAUUGGACGGCCUCUUCAAAUCCAAACGCAAAGCCGGAAAUUCUCAGCAUUCUCAGCGUUCAUCUACCUCAAACCCUGGCGGUCCCCAUGUGGAGAAGAAGGCCAAAGCAAGGACCAAAGACCUCUGGGAUCUCCUGAAUGAGGGCAAUGAGGAGAGUAUCAACCAGCUGACAGACCUCACCCAGAUAGAGAAGAUCUGCUCUGCCAGUCCCAGCCCAGGGAAGUCAGACAGCCAAAGCAGUGAAUCCUCUCUUUGGAGGAAAAAUGAGAAAUUCCUUUGGAAAAAGACUAGUUGAUUAUACGAUGAAGAAUGUAAUAUUCACAUUUUAGAGGUCUUAUGUUUUCUUAUGUUUCCUCAUUGGAAACUGGUUUUACUUGAAUUUAUAAAUGUUUUACAUUUUUUAUUUAUGAUAUGUUUUACCUGAAAAUAUGCUGUUCUGUUUUAGUUUGUGGAUUUCUUGUGUUACAUUGUGUUUUAAAAUGGUAUACUGUAGCUAUAGGCCACUAAUUUAGUUGUAGAUUCAGUUGAUAUGCAAACUAGUUACAACUGCCAUUUAUCAUCCCAUUCCCAAACAGAUCUUGUGAAACUAUCCAAAAAUAGACACCUGACUUCCUCAGACACUUGGCAACGAUUAUUCUUGGUAGAAUUAUAUUACAAGCAUGUAUAUAAUGGAUUUUCCCUGCUUUCCGUCCUUGUUCAUUUGCUGUUUAAUCAUUUUCUUGUUAUCAAUUGUUCAUAAACUCCCAUGUUUAAAUACCCACAGCAGAAGUGAUGUUUUGUGAAAUAUUUUUGUGAUUAUUUAUCCAUCCAUUUAGCUGUGACAACAGAAUGCACUAUUUUCUUCAUUUUUGUACAUGCCAGGUUCAUUGAAAUCACAAUAAGCGGCACAGCUUAAACAUCUGCUAUCCCUGGGAACUGCAUAUCUCAGCCUUGUGAGGCUCUCUGGUCAAACUGACCUUUUCCUGGAUAUUUGUUGAGUCAUGUGCGAGUUAUCCAAGUUUC